UCGUGGACCCCGUUUCUUGGGGACGGUCAAAGCGACCAGAGCUGAGAGGGUCUGGGUAGAGUUAAGGAUGUGGCUCUGGGGACCCUUGGUGACCUCCCCGGUCCCCUCCUGAAGUGACCACUUCCUGCCCCACGAGCUGGCUGUGCUGGGAACGGGAGAUUUCCCGGCCAACACCCGGCCGCCUGGAUCCUCUUUCCCUCUGGGGUCGCAGACCCCAGCUCACCCUCCUCCCACCCCUUCCCUGGCAGCGUGGUCCGCAGCAUGGAGGUGUCUGCGCUCUCUGAGGGCACGGCCAUGGCUUCCCCUCUGCACCGGGACAUGGAUGAGGAGCCAGGACCUGAUGGCUCUGAGCCAGCAGGUGACCUUCGGGCCAAGCCGCCUGUCAAGCCUAAGCCCCGGGCACUGCCCGCCAAACCUGCCCUGCCCGCCAAGCCUAGCCUGCUGGUGCCCGUGGGGCCUCGGCCGCCUCGGGGGCCCCUGGCUGAGCUGCCGUCCGCCCGGAAGAUGAACAUGCUGGCUGGGCCCCAGCCCUAUGGGGGUAGCAAGCGUCCCCUGCCCUUUGCACCAAGGCCUGUGGCUGAGGCCGCAUCCGAUAUACAAGCAGCCCAGGACCCUGGGAAGGAAGAGCCAUCCCCCUCGACACCACCCACCCGCUGUGCCGCCCCUGGGGGAGUGCGGAAGGCUCCCGCCCCGUUCCGCCCUGCCUCGGAGCGCUGUGCAGCCACCACAGUGGAGGAGAUCCUUGCCAAGAUGGAGCAGCCCAGGAGGGAGGUCCCGCCCAGCCCUGAGCGGCUCUGGGGCUCCCGCCUGUCCUUCAACCAGGAUGGCAGCUCGCGCUAUGGCCCCCGCACAGCUCUCACCCGGGGCUGGUCCCAGGAGGGACCCACAGAGUGCCAGGAGGAGCGCAACAAGGCCCCUGAGGCCAGGAGCCUCUCCUCCGACCUGGCUGUCAAUGGGGAUCUGGCUCAGCUGUCCACCUCCAAGCCACCUACUGACGCUUCCGUCAAGGCCUGGGCCCCCUCCAGUCUGGGCUGCCCUGCAGAUGUUGCUGGCCCAGUUCCAAACUCACCCCAGCCUCCUGCACUCCCCGAGAGCUCUCCCCAGCAUGGGCAGCUCCCUGGAGCCCAGAGCCCUGCAGCUUCUCCCUGCCGUCCUGAGACACUCCAGUCCCUGAGCACUGCCCAGCCUGUGGCUGCUGAGGGCCUCUGCCAGUCCCCCAGCCGGGGGCUGCCCUCUGAAGCAGCCUCGGGACACCCCAGUCCUGAGCACCCCCUAGCCAGCCUACCUCGGCCCCUGAUGGAGGCAUGUGAGGUGCCAGAGCUCAGGACGUUUCCAUCUGGGAAGGAGGUGGCCCCUAAGGGUGACUCCGAGCUCUGUCCCGCCAGCCUGGCUCAGCGCCGCUUCUCAGAAGGGGUCGUCCAGCCGCCUAGUAAGGACCCGGAGAGGUUGGGGGGCUCACUGGCCGCCCUGCCCCAGGCCCUGGGGAGCCAACUGGCCCUGGAUCCUGCCUUUGGGAGUGGGACAGAGUCCAGCUGGAGCCUGUCACAGUCCUUCGAGUGGAGCUUCCCCACACAGCCCUCUGGCCUGGGCACUUGGCACCUGGACGCCCCGCCUCCCUCCCCCAUUACUGAAGCCAGCGAGGCUGCUGAGGCUGCUGAAGCCAGCAGCUGUGCUAUGUCCCAGCAGAGGGAGGUGGCCUGGGCCCCUCCGGGGGACGCAGGGAGACCUGUUUCUGGGGUUCAGGGGGAAGACCCUGGGACCUCCCCAUCCCCUGAACCCCUGUCCACGUCAGAGGCCCCACACCUGCUGCAGGCUGAGGAAGGAUCGGAGCCCCAGGAGCUGUCACUUGGGCAGGAGGCCCCUCUCCCUGCGGUCACCACAGAGGCCGCCCUGUCCCUGCUGGAGCCCAUCCUGGGCCAGAGGCAGCCAGCACCCUCGGACCAGCCCUGUGUCCUCUUUACUGAUGGCCCUGGCCCUGGCCAGGCGUUGCCUGUGGAGGAGGUGGUAACUUUAGUCCAGGCCGAGACCACGCAGCCUGAAACAGAGGCCCAGGACUGGCAUCCGGCAUCCCUGGAGCCUGAGGGACCUGGUGGCAGCUCUCACUGGCUAAACGAGCUUUUGGCCUCCCCACCGCUACCGAAGGAUGAGCCGUCCCCAAGUGCCCGGCCCGAGGGACUCCUUGGCUGGGCCCAGAAAGAUCUACGGAGUGAAUUUGGGAUCGCAGCAGACCCCUACCCCAGCAACAAGGGGCCUUCUGGUUGGUCCCACAUUGCUCCUCAGGACUGCAGCCAUGGGGGCGCCCACCCCAGGGGAGACUUGGUCCUGGGGGGCCAGGCCUGGGCUGGUGUGUGUGGUCCAGGAGCCAGGGAGGGGAGUGAAAGGGAGUGGGCUGAUGUUGGCAGCAGCCCACCCCUGAGCGACAUGUGCGCCCCAGAACAGCUUGAUGCCCACGACCGGGUGGCUGGAACGCCAGCCCUGCUGAGCACCCAGAGCUGGGAGACCAGUGCCCAGGACCAGGAACUGGGGAACAGGGACCCCCGGGACACGGUCUCUAGCCGGGAUGCAGAAGUCCAGGACCAAGAACCAGGGAAGAGGGACCCCCGGGACACAGUCUCCAGCCGGGAUGCAGAAAUCCAGGACCAAGAACCAGGGAAGAGGGACCCCCGGGACAUGGUCUCCAGCUGGGAUGCAGAAAUCCAGAACCAGGAACCAGGAAAGAGGGACCCCUGGGACACAGUCUCCAGCCGGGAUGCAGAAAUCCAGAACCAGGAACCAGGGAAGAGAGACCCCUGGGACACAGUCUCCAGCCGGGAUGCAGAAAUCCAGGACCAAGAACCAGGGAAGAGGGACCCCGGGGACAUAGUCUCCCAUUGGGAGACAGAAGCCCAAGAUCAGGAACUGGGGAAGAGGGACACCCAGGACAUGGUUUCCCAUUGGGAUGCAGAAGUCCAAGACCAGGAAGGAGGGGAGAGGGACCCCCGGAACACAUUCUCAGGUCUCUGCGCAGAGUCCCAGGACGCCCAGGACCGGGAGUUUGGGAAGAGGGACUCUCUGGGCAUCUGUGCCAGCCAUGAGCCCAGCCUUUGGGACUGGGACUUUGGGGUGAGAGAUUGUCUGGGCGCCCGUGCCCACCAGGCCCCAGGGGCGCAGGCACUUGAGUCAGGGAACGAGCAGCGCUGCAGCUACAGCAGCCAGGACACCGAGGCGCAGGACCGGGAGUUUGAGAAGAGGGACUCCCAGCACAGUGCCUUCGACUGCCGGGCAGGAAUGCAGUGGGACCAGGGGCUCGGGCCGAGUUCCUGGAUGCAGUGCGGUGACAGUGACUGCGUGCAGGAUGGGGGCUUCAGCCCACAGGGAGCCCGGCAGCCUCAGGAGUUUGAGAUAACCUCGAGCGGCCAGGAUACUUGGGCUGUGGACCGGCCAGAGGAGCAGGGCACCGGGGGGCAGCUCAGCCCCAGUGCCCCCCGACUGCAAGGAGACCAGGGCGGUGGGCUAAGUGGUGACAGCAGCCAGCAGGUGGCAGGGCCUGUGGGCCCUGGGGAUGGGGACACCGGGAAACGAGGAUGGGCUGGUGAGUUAAACCUGGGUGUCACUCCGCAGCUGGAGACGUCUUUGAGCCCAGGGCUUCGUGAUUGGAGGGAGGACUCGCACCAGGAGCCUACCAUGAGGACCUCCCAGUUCGGCAUCAUUGGUGAUGACCGAGGGAGCAGUGCCAGCCCGAGCCCCCCCAUCAGUGCAGGAGGUGGCAACCUUGUGUCCCCUGGGGAGAUGGUAGCUGGUCCUGUGGGCUGGGCUGACCAGCUGGGUCUCAGGAACUUGGAUCUGUCCCGCUGCAGGGCCUCGGGGGGCUUGGCUGAGGCCAGAGAGGUGGCUGUGGGCCAGGUAGGCUGGCCGGAUCAUCAGGGCAUGCAAGAUAGUGGCCCGGCCAGCUGCUCAGAGGCGCAAGGGUCUGGGGAGUGUGUUGGGGUUGGUGUAGAUGAGCAGGCUUGGACUGUGGACCAUCGAGUACAGAGUUUGGCUGGGGUCAGGGAGCCUGGAGGCUGCAGCCUGGCCAGAGAAAGUGGAGUGGGGCAGACGGACUGGUCGGGUGUGGAGGCCAGCGAGUUUCUUAGGUCCAGGGAGCGUGGGGUAGGACAGGCAGACUGGACUCCCCACCUGGGGCUUGGGGACAUGGACCCCAGGGUAGCCUGCAGCCCCGGGGAGCCCAGAGAGCUGGUAGGGAGCCUGGGGAGCUGGCGGGAUGACCUGGGUCUGAGGAAUUUGGAGGUGUCCUGUGUCCCAGAGUCGGGGGGUUCCCGGAGUUGUGGAGUGGGCCAGGUAGACUGGGCCCACGAUAGAGGGCUCCAGAUUGACAGGUUCCCUGGGGUCCCCAGUGAAGCCAGAGAGCAGGGAGUAGGGGCAGCAGGGCCUGGCCCAGAGCCCAGCUUCAGGAGCAGUGGGAGCUCGUCCCCCAGCUUGGAGGCAAGGGAAUCAGGGGUCGGCGAGACCAGCGGGCCAGAGAGCCAGGGCGGAGAUGGCCUGGCGCCUUCCUCAGAGAUGCAGGCUGCGGACUCUGGAGCAGAGCCAGGUGGAGCGGCCGGCCUUGGACCCAGCAGGUGUCUAGCUUACUCCCCACCCCCUGAUGCCCAGGGCCUGCCAGAGGGACCGCUGGUGACCGAUAGUGCCAAGGCACUGGCCUCCCGGGAAUCGUCAGCCUCCUGGUCCAGCAUCCUGCUGGAGCAGGCAGGAGCCGUGGCAAGUGAUGACCAGGGGGAGUCCGUAGAGCCGAGUGGGGAACCCCUGCCCAGCCGGAGGUCCCAGCCAGAUGGCAAAGCCAGCUGUGUGGAGGAAGUGGAUGGCACCUGGGGCCUCGCAGAGUCUGGGCUCGGGGAGCAGGGCCCGACGCUGAGCCCCCGGCGGCCACCCCAGGGGCCUCCAGCCAGCGGCCCCAGCCAGGACUUUUCCUUCAUCGAGGACACCGAGGUCCUGGACAGCGCCAUGUUCCGGAGCCGUGCCUCCCUGGGCCGCAAGCGAGGGCACCGGGCCCCGGCCAUCCGCCCUGGGGGGACCCUGGGACUGGCGGAAGCCGCGGGCUCGGACGCGCGCCUCUUCCAGGAUUCAUCAGAGCCUCGGGCGUCCCGGGUGCCGUCCUCGGACGAGGAGGUGGUAGAGGAGCCGCAGAGCCGCCGCACACGGAUGACCUUGGGCCACAAGGGGCUGAAAGUCAACCUCUUUCCGGGCCUGAGCCCCGCAGCCCUGAAGGCCAAGCUGCGCUCCCGGAACCGCUCGGCUGAAGAGGCGGACCCGGCAGAGGGCAAGGGCGGCCAGAAGGAGUCUGCUGUGCAGCGCUCCAAGUCCUGCAAGGUCCCAGGGCUGGGGAAGCCCCUCGUAUUGCCCCCCAAGCCAGAGAAGUCCUCAGGGUCUGAAGGGUCCUCGCCCAACUGGCUGCAAGCCCUGAAGCUGAAGAAGAAGAAGGUGUGAGGGCCGCAGGUCUCCCUCAGAGUCUUGGGCCUGGCUAGUUCCUCUGGGGUCCCUGAUCCGGAACCCGCCGCAGCCUCUGUUCCCUGGCCUCGGAGGAGUGCUGGGGACAGGUUUAUGCACUUUGUAUCGCCUCCCUCGACCCCACCCCACUCGCCUCCCACCUGGCCCUGCCUCUGCCGCAGGGGUCGAGGGUCUGGCCCCUCCUCCCUCUGCCACUGCCUCAGCCUCCCGUGGGAUUUUUGAUACCGAUUUCUAGUUUUUAUAAAGGCCUUCAAUUUUUGUAACGGGUGAAGCUUCCCUGCCCCUCGAGGCGCCUUAGGGAGACCAAUGACGUUUUGCCACUUGAAACAUUCAAUAAAGCAUUUUGGGAAUC